AUGCUGUCGUUCCCACCGCAUUGCUCACACCGGCUUCAGCCAUUAGAUAGGAGUGUGUAUGGUCCCUUUAAGAAAUAUUUGUCAAAUUCUCAAGCUGCCUGGCUCAGGAAUAACCCAGGUAAAUCAAUGACCAUAUACGACAUACCAUCUUUAGUUCGAGAUGCUCUUCCACAAGCAUUGACUCCUAUAAACAUAAUGAAAGGGUUUAAAGUGUCAGGUAUUGAACCGUACAACAGAGACAUUUUUACUGAUGACGAGUUUUUGCCUGCUGGCGUAACGGAUCAACCAUUGCCGAACGCUGAAUCGUCAGCUACCUCGCCUGUGCUUCAAUUAUCUGGUUCCUCAAAUGCUAAUAGUCAAGACAUGUCCCAGCCAUCUACUUCUUCUGCUCAUUGUGAACAAGUGAUCCCAGAAAAUGACUCGUUGAGCCCUAAAAAUAAACAAGAACAUACAAUUCAAGAGCCAAAAGAAUUUUCUCCAGAAUUUGUGCGCCCGUUUCCGAAAGCUGAACAAAGGAAACCAUCUACAAGGGGUCGGAAGAAAAGAAAGUCUGCUGUCUUAACCGAUACUCCAGAGAAAGACGAAUUGGAGGCAGAACAAAACAGCCGGAAGUCGAAGAAAACCAAAGAGAUACAAAAGAAAAAGGUUGAAAAGGCAAAAAGAAAAGUUAUGGUAGAAUCUGAUGAUAGUUCUGAUGAAGAAUGCUUUUGCUUGGUUUGCACUGAGCCAUUUAGCAGAAGUAAGCCUAAAGAAAAAUGGAUUAAGUGUUUCCAUUGUGAAUUUUGGUCAUACGAAGCCUGCACUGAUGGGGGAUUUCCUUAUAUUUGUCAUAACUGCGAUUCCGAUGAAGACUAA